AUGUCGUUCCUUCGACGGUUCUCGUCCGCCGCUUCCUCUCUGAUUCCUUCCAUCCCAAACUCUUCUGGUGCACCCGCACCUCAUGUCCCACGCCGACCGACAGAAACCUUUUCAAGAACAUCGAAAGCAUUCGUGGAAGAAGAAGAAAUUGACGAGAAAGCUUCUCGAGCAUCAUGGGAAAUGUCAGAUAAUGAGUCUGUAUCUUCAAAGGGAUCAGGAUCAAGUAAAUCUGGAGCAUCUUUCGCUUCCUCCGCCUCAAGCGAUUUAGACAAGAAAAGCUUCGAUGAUAGUGAUGAUUCGAGCUCAGACGAAAGCGAUGAUUCUAUCCUCGACAGAGGGGGUAGACCUAGAGAUAGAUACGACAUGAUGGUCAGGUACCUCUGGAAUGUAGCAGAGAGACAAGGCUGGUUCAGAGAUGCUGAAUUUGAUGGCUUGGUCUCCAUUCGAGUCCGGAAGAGAGUACUUAGGACAUACCCUCAGCCCAAGAACACCAAGAAAGGUGCAAGGGAAUUAAGCAGGCGAAUCAAAGAGUGGGAUGGUGCUGUUUCAACACUUAAUCCUGAAGUCGCUAUGAAAAUCACAAGUAAAGUCGUACAGGCCAUCAUGGCUCGAUGUGCUGAAGACGCAAUUGAAAUUACACUCGAUGUCAAUACGCGAAUCCAGAUUCUCGACGAUCUGACUCAACUUGCAGGUGCUCGUAAACAUCAAUUCGCGGCAUUCGUGCGGGCCGAGGCGUGUCUGGUCGUUUGGGCAGACGAAGUUGAGACCCUUGUACCAUCCGCAGAAGCACUGGAACAGCGUAUGAUUGCAUAUGUAUGGUCAGGUAGACAUCACGAGUUGAAACUGCUGGAACCAGAGGACGAAUCUGAAGAUGAGAUCGAUGAAAAGGGCGAAGAUGAAGAUGGUUGGGUGGAUCGGGAUGCCGAAAAGGAAAAAGAACUCGCAGAUGCAGAUGGCGAUCUGGGUGAGGAAAAAGUGGGAGGCAAAGAAGGUGAUUGGGAGAUGAGAGACAGACGACCCGUCAUGCUUUACGCUCCUUUGGUGUCUGGUUUAGCAAUGAUUUUGACUUUUGUCUUCAUCGGUUCUGGUAUUAGAAAUUUGAUCAAGGAAGUCUUGUUGGAUGGCUCAUAUAUCCGUUUCGCUUUGAUAGCAACUUCGCCUUUCGGUUAUCUGCUUGCUAUUUUCUUCUCAAUCUGUGUCAUGGGUAACUUGUGGCAAAUGUUCGGUCCUGUCGCUCAAUGUCAUCAAAACUCGUCUUUCUACUCUGGUAAAGCACCCGCCCGGAUGACUGGUAGAUUACCUCACAUCACAAUUCAAAUGCCUGUCUACAAGGAAGGAUUGGAAGGUGUCAUCAUUCCUACUGUCGAAUCUUUGAAAAAGGCUAUUACCACUUACGAACGACAAGGUGGAUCCGUCAACAUCUUUGUAUUCGACGAUGGUAUGCAAUUGUGGGACGAAGAAGAGCAAGAAAUCCGAAAGGCUUAUUACGAUCGUAACAAUAUCGGCUGGACCGCUCGACCUAAACACGGUAAAGAUGGAUUCAUCCGAAAAGGUAGAUUCAAGAAGGCUUCUAACAUGAAUUUUGGUAACCGAUUGUCACUUCGAGUAGAGGAAAUCAUGGAUGAACUUCGUCCCAACGGCGAAGAGGAAUCUGACCCCAAUUGGCAUUGGAGCGAUGAGGAUGAACGAGAAAUUUAUGACGAGGCCCUAGCCAGAUCACUCGAAGAAUCCGAGGGUAUCGCCUGGGCUGCUGGUAACAUCCGUGUAGGAGAGAUCAUUCUGAUUAUUGAUUCCGAUACCCGAGUUCCUGAAGACUGUUUCCUUGAUGCCGCUUCUGAGUUUGCUGCUUCUCCCAACAUCGCCAUCAUUCAACAUGAGUCCGCGGUCAUGCAAGUCGUCGGACAUUUCUUUGAGAAUGGUAUCACUUCGUUCACUACCCGUAUCAACACUGCUAUUUCCUUCUGUGCCGCCAACGGCGAAGUUGCGCCUUUCGUUGGACAUAACGCCUUCCUGCGAUGGGCUGCCAUUCAGGACGCUUCUUUCAUCGACGCCGAUGACGGUAUCAGAAAGUGUUGGUCUGAAUCACAUGUGUCUGAAGACUUCGAUCAAGCUUUGAGAUGUCAAAUGAGAGGAUGGAGUCUGCGAUGGGCCGCUUAUUCAAAUGGUGGUUUCCAAGAAGGUGUUUCUCUUACCGCUGAUGACGAGCUCAAUCGUUGGCAAAAAUACGCAUAUGGUUGUUCGGAGCUUCUUUUCCACCCUUUCAGACAAUGGUUCACCAAAGGCCCUAUCACUCCUUUGUACCGAUCUUUCGUUUGGGCCGAUGGUAUCCCUCUUCACUCCAAAAUAUCUGUAUUGGCUUAUAUCUCUUCAUAUUAUGCUAUUGCUUGUUCCUUGUUAUUAUCCCUUGUCAAUUGGGUUCUGAUAGGCCUUUUCGACGAUGUGCUCGAUUUGUUCUACCUCUCAUCAUGGCAAGUAUUCUUGACAUGUAUUGUCAUUUUCUGUGGUCUUUCGAAUGUCUCCUCGGCCCUUUUCCAAUAUCGAUUAAACGCCAAUUCGCUGGGUAACGCCUUGAUACAAAACUUUAAGUGGAUCGUCUUCUUCUUUUUCUUCUUCUGUGGAAUGUCCUGGCAUUUGUCCACUGCUUUGUGCGCACAUUUGACUGGAUAUAAUAUGCAAUGGGCUUCAACUGUUAAAGAAGUCGAACUAUCACAUUUCUUCAAGGAGUGGCCUGCAAUGUGGAAACGAUUCUGGGAUAUCUGGAUCGUUUCAUGGGUGAUGAUUCUUGGUGUCGCUUUUAUGGCUUCUCCUUUGGUACCUUUAGGAUAUAGAAUUACAAACUUUACCUGUAUCUUACCUCUCAUGGCACAAGCAUGUUGUCAUUUCCUUUACCCCAUCGUGCUUAAUCCUUGGUUACUUUUGUUCCAAUUCUAA